AUGUCAAAUAACCAAUCAGAUGAUGAUAUUGCAUCCACAAGCGCUGCAGCAGUAAUGUGUCCUGAUGCUACCACAAUACAGCAGUGGAAUAUAGUGAAAAUGGUCAAAUACUUGGGCUCACAUGAAUUGUGUGUAGCAUUUGCCGAGGUAUACGGUCUGUUGCCAAAAAGCCGGCUUUGUACCAUUCACAAAACCAAAAUGGCAUUCCACAAACGCCACCCAGUAGGAUACUUUAAAUGCUUUAGGGGCAAUUGUAGGACGAAGUCCCUUAUUUUAAGGGCAGCGGGCACGUGGUUUGAAGGCGUCAAAUUAAGCUUUCCCCACGUGUUUUACCUAAUGUAUUGCUUCGCCCACUGCUUUACGCGGGAAGAUAUUUAUAGGGAGAAUUAUGCGAGCGUGGGAAAGAAAUUGUCAUCUGCCACUAUCUCCGACUGGUAUAGCUACUGCAGGGAAGCGGUAGUUAUAUUUCAGUUAGACCAACAAGAAUUCAAAGGGAAGAUUGGUGGUCCAGGUAAGGUAGUGCAGAUUGACGAAAGUAAAUUCGGGAAACGGAAAUAUAACAAAGGAAGACGCGUAGAAGGGCAUUGGGUGCUGGGUAUGAUAGAGGAUGGCAGUGAGGACCUCAGACUGGAGGUAUGCCUCGACAAUGUACGUUCCGCUGAGGUCCUCAUCCCUCUUAUUCGUAAAAAUGUACUAGAAGGAACAACCAUAAGGACAGAUUUUUGGCGCGCAUAUGAAUGCCUCCCUGAAUAUGGUUACAUCCAUAAAAAGGUUAACCAUAGCGACCCUGGGAAUCCAUUCAUCGCCGAGGAUGGCACAAACACCCAAAGAAUCGAGUCCCAUUGGCGUGUAGUGAAGAGAUUUUUUUAUAAAGACAACUAUAAUAAUCCGGCAAACUUUGCUGAUGUUAUAGUAGAGUUUUUAUGGAGGCGGGAAAUCCAAAGAAAAAAUACAGACCCAUUUAUUUCUUUACUGGGUGUUAUU